UAAUAUGUCGCACGGAUCUCGUCAUAAUCUUCACCGCCAAACCGUUGCUUCAUUUUUAUCUUGUUCGACUCAUUUAUCUUCUAUAAUCGAUUAAACCCUAAACCCUAAAUUCCCUAACAACACCAACCCGUUUCCAAGUGUAGAUCUCUCUCAUACAGCAAUUGAAGCUACUCCGAUCAUUUUCUUCUCAAGUAUCUGGUCCCUUCAAUCUCUAACGUCUUCGCUAAGUACUUCAAGAUAAUCCGAGAGGAUAAGUUUUUCAAGAAAGAAAGGAGGUUUAAUUUCUUGCCAAAAAAAAAAAAAAUUGAGAUGGUUUUCGGGCAGGUGGUGAUAGGUCCGCCGGGUUCAGGGAAGACCACUUACUGCAAUGGCAUGUCUCAGUUUCUCAAACUCAUCGGAAGGAAGGUUGCUGUUAUCAAUUUGGAUCCUGCUAAUGACGCAUUACCUUAUGAAUGUGCUGUGAACGUUGAGGAUCUGGUAAAAUUAAGUGAUGUAAUGAUGGAGCAUUCUCUUGGUCCAAAUGGAGGCCUUGUAUAUUGUAUGGAUUAUCUGGAGAAAAAUAUUGAUUGGUUGCAGUCAAAAUUGGAACCUCUCCUGAAAGAUCACUAUCUUCUCUUUGAUUUCCCCGGGCAGGUGGAACUAUUUUUCCUUCACUCCAAUGCUAAGGCAGUUAUCAUGAAACUUAUAAAGAAGUUGAACCUGAGGUUAACUGCAGUGCAUUUAGUUGAUGCCCAUCUUUGCAGUGACCCUGGGAAGUAUGUCAGUGCAUUGCUUCUCUCUUUGUCGACCAUGUUACAUCUAGAACUGCCACAUGUUAAUGUCUUAUCCAAGAUUGACUUAAUUGAGAACUACGGAAGGCUAGCUUUCAACCUCGAUUUCUAUACAGAUGUGCAAGAUUUAUCUUAUUUACAGCACCAUCUUGAUCAGGAUCCUCAGUCUGCCAAGUACAGAAAACUCACCAAGGAACUAUGUGAUGUAAUAGAAGACUACAGUCUUGUCAAUUUUACAACCUUAGAUAUCCAGGAUAAAGAGAGUGUAGGGAAUCUAGUGAAGCUUAUAGACAAGACCAACGGAUACAUUUUUGCUGGCAUAGAAGCGAGUGCAGUUGAAUUCAGCAAGAUUGCAGUUGGUCCUCUUGAUUGGGAUUAUUACAGAGUCGCUGCAGUGCAAGAAAAGUACAUGAAAGAUGAUGAGAAUUUCGAUCAGAAUGAUUGAAGGAAAAGCUCUGUUUCUGGUGUUGCAAAGCUUACUAGCAACUGUUUUUAUGGUAUGGGUGGAAGAUCCGGAGAAGGAUCAAAGUGGCAGAGGCCAGCUUCUUGUUUCUUCCUCCCUCUCUCAUCAGCCGACCAACUCUUAUGUGGCCUUUCCUUUGUAAAAAAUAGGACAAAUUGAAGUCAUACAGCCUGUUCGAUGCGUGCAGAUGCUUAACUUUUGGAAAAAACGUCGGAGAUUUUAAAGCUUUUGAUUAGGCUUUAAAAUCAUGCGUGCUUUUGCAGUAUUUAUAUUGGUGUGUAAGAUCUUUAAAUGGAUCGUGCUAAUCAUUGUAGUUUUUC